ACAGAUGCAAUUGCUGUGCUGCUGGCAGCAUGCACUGCUUGGUGCCCUGGCUCCCAUCCCUGGGGUCCUGACUGCGCAGAGGGCUGGGGCUGAGCUGAGGCCUUUUGGGACGUAUUCGAGCAGGUGUACUGGUCCCGGAGCCUCUGUGCUGUGCAGAUGAAGCCACGGGUGGACACCUCGCUGGGAGUGGGGAAAGAGGUGUGGGGACGAGCUCAGGGGCGUGCGGCAUGGCGACAGCGCAGGGGCUGCCGGCAGAGCCCCCCGCAGAGCAGGGAGCAGCAGGCAGAGCCAGCCAGGCUCCUCGCAGCUCCGGAUGAAGGGAGGAUGAGCAGUCCCCAGGAACACCUGGAUAGGGUUUUGGCUGGGAGCAAGGAGAGCAUGGGGAGCAUCAGUGAGCACGAGGAAGGGGUCUGGUCUGAAAGUGCCCCUUCACAGGAGCCGGGCACGGAGCUGGCUUUUUGUACUGGAGACGGCGAUGGGAUUGAAGAAGAUGAAGAAACCCCAGAGGAACUGCUACUGAGUUUCCCCAGUGAGCUCUCAGUGCUGGAGAGAUUGGGACUGCACAGCACAAAUUUGACGGAGCAGGAUGUGGAGGCAGCCUUUGCCCACCUUGCCCUGGCAUUUCGCUGCGACAUGUUCACCCUGCAGCAACGAGCACAGGUGGAGAAGCGAGCACAAGAUGCAGCAGAGGAAAACAUACAGGAAGAGCUGGGGCAGUGCCAGACUUUCCUGGAGAGGCUGAGCACAUCCUGCAUGGAUGUGAGCUGCAAGGAGGUGCUGGAGCAGCUGCAAUGCAGCCUGGCUGUGCUGGCGGCUGCCAUCAAGCGUGCCACCAGUGCUGCAGAGAAGCUGGGGGCUGUCCACCAGGAGGCACGGAUGAGCCGAGCGGCGGAGGUGAUGGUCCAGCACGUGGACAACCUGAAGCGGCACCACCUGCGCGAGCACGCUGAGCUGGAGGAGAUGAAGUGCCUGAUCCAGCAGAACUCCCGCAACCGGCAGUUGGCAGAGACCCAGGAUGAUGCAGAGCAGCAGCUGAGACCUCACCCACUGAUGCGAGGUUUCCAGCAGGCAUCUGCACGCCGCAGAGUCAGCAUCGCUGUCAUCCCAAAGCAGCUCGUGCCAGCUUCUGGCGUGGAUGGCCGAGAAACCCUGGCUGGUAGGCCCAAGGGUGCCCAACGCCAGACCAGCACCCAGAGUGUCCCAUUUCUCCCUCCCCAGGAGCAAACUGGAGCCACCAAGCCAGGGCAGCGUGGGCUCUGCAAUCCCAAUGCUGCCAGCAUGUGGGUUCGGAGUUGGGGGGCUGGGGGAUGGAGGUUUGUGACUGUUCCACUGAACCUGCCCUGCCUCAGUUUCCCCAUGCAUUGUCCAAGGAGUCUCCUGUGGAGCUGUGGCAACCGUGGCUCUUCAUCUCACAGCCCUACUGGGUUGUGUUCUGUCUGCUUCUCCUGAGUGUCGCCUUGCUCCUCCUUCUCCACCUCCUGGAGCUGCAGUGGCUGCAGCCCUCAGCAUCACCCAAAGCUUAGCUGCACCCACUCCCCAUCACUGCUCCUGACCACCCCCAGAAACCACAGAGGCCCUAGAAUAAUAAAAGUGGAGGAAAAAAAAUGGGA